AUGGCGGCUGAUGCAGCUUUGGCUACUUUGACCGCUGGCGGCCAGCAGUCCAAAGAUGCAGAGCAAGCUCAUGCCAACCAAGGUGCAGUGUGCACCGCGGACACGCUUCAAGUGGUGCACAUGAACACCAUCGAGUCUGUCAUGAUUCAGGUCGAUCGGUGCGCAUCAGGCCCGGUGCCGCCCGGUGCAGUUGCAGUGGCAGCAGAGAGCAUGAUCUGCAGAGGACCCGAGGAUGGUGAGCCGCCAGAAGAAGCCUUCUCUGGGAUCACGCUACCUGUGAAGUCCGCACUUGACUUGAAGCAAGAAAGGCUUAUUGGCUCCGUGACGAAGUACCUUCCUGUCAGUGGCUACGGCAUGGUGAAAAGUCACAUGUUCGAGGGCGAGCUGAUGUUCAGGAUAGAUCGAAUAAUGCCGGAGUUUCAGGCUCAUCCCCUUCAUGAGAACGAAGGAGUCGAGUUCGAUGUUCAGGCUGACGAGAACGGCAAAGCCGUGGCCGUAGCUGUAAAGCCGGUCCUGGGCAGGAAGCCAUACGAUGUUCUUGGCCAGCGGCACCGGGGCUACGUAAGGCGUUUCGCCGAGCGUUGGGGCUUCCUCAAUGCCGCCGCCUUCGACGGAGACCUCUUCGUUCACCGAGACAACCUCUUGCUUGAGCCGGGUUCUGAAACUGGUGCAGACGGGCAGCCGAUUCUCCGGACGGGGCAAGUUGUGGAGUUUGACGUUGCCCUUGAUGAUCGCGGAAGGGCGGUGGCGAAGCAAAUCACCACACGAGCCUUACUGAGACCCGGCGAUUGGAUUGGCCACAGGUUGCGCGGGUACAUCCGAUCUUUCCAAGGCGCCUGGGGCUUCAUCAACUCCGACCGAUUUGCCGGGGAUCUCUUCGUGCAUCGCGACUCUUUGCUGGCGCAGUGCCAGAAUGCGCAGCUGGGCCUGAGUACGGUGGUAGAGUUCGACAUCGAACGAGAUCAUCACCGCAAGGGAGCAAAGAAUCGACUGGUGGCAAGGAACGUAGCCGUUCUCGGUCCCCCGGAGGCUGCUCCUCAUCCUGUUCCUGCACCGACGCCAGCACCAGCACUCCCUGGACCCGGGCAGGCACCUCCAACCGAUCCUGCACCCUUACCCGGUCUUCCACACCCGCAUCCUUCACCUGCACCGCAACCUGCACCAAUGUACUACCAGGCACCUCCACCUCCCGUGCCUGAUCCGAGUUCUGCAUAUGGCCUGCCGCCAUACCCAUAUCAGCAUCCAUAUCCAUAUCCGCCUUCCCAAACGACGCCAUAUCCGCUUCCUUACACUCCGCCUGCAGGUGGAGCACACUACCCUUAUGGACAUCCGCCUUCGUUUGGGCAGCCGCUGCCAUACCAUCAUUCUUAUCCGUCAACCCCGCAUCCCGGCACGCCAACGCAUACCAGCCCAGCUUCUGCCACACAGUCAUCUGCCACGCAGCCAGCAGCCACGCUGGCUGCUGCCACGCAGCCGGCUGCCGUGCAACCCGCUGCUGUGCAGCCAGCUGCACUGCCCAAUGGCACGCCGCCAAAUACCACACAGCCCAAUGUCACACCGACCAAGUCCAAACUGCCAGCACAAGUUGCUGCGACGCAGCCAACUGCCACACAGUCGGCUGCCGCACAUGCCGAGACAGCACAGCUGGCUGCCACACAGCCCGAAGCUCUGCAAGCUUCUCCGACUGUGCCACAACCUGCUGAAGAGCACCGUGACGUGACUGCACAGCAGGCGAAAAGCCGAUUCCGGGCGCCCUCGGAGUCUGGCACGGGGUCCGAAGUGGCUGGGGAGUCGACGAGCCCAAAGGUCAACGGACAGACAUCUGCGGCACCUGCAGCGCAAAAUGGAGUUCCAGCCAAGGAGAGCCAAUCGCAGGGCUUGCUGCACAUAACCGUUCAUGAUUGGGAACCAGAUCAGCCGGGGCAGCUUUGCAUUGAAAAGGGCAGCCUCGUCAACAUCUCCUACCGAGCCGCACAUGGCUGGGUUUAUGCAGGAACCGUUCGAACUGCACCUGAAGGCGACAAAUUGGAAAAAGGCCCAGACGAGGGCUGGAUUCCGCAGGCCGUUGUUAAGCGGGUGACCAUGUGCCGAGUGGCAGUCGAUUGGCCAGCUGAAGGAGAAGCAACCUUGGGCGUCACGAAGGGAGAAAUCCUUGCCGUCUCCAAGGAGGCUGAGAGAGGAUGGGUCUACGGCGAGCUAAUCUCCGCUGACACCUGUGGGCGGUGCACGCGUCCUGACAACAAGCCUUCAGAUGGCUGGCUGCCAAAGAAGGUCCUGGACUAUCUUCAGUCGUACUUGUGA